AUGAAUCUUAUGGAUAUGCUUUCGGCGGAUCCUCCGUCAUCGCUUUAUAGUCAACACGUGAAUAACAUACCCGAAUAUUAUAAAGAUGUUGCAGUUUUGAAUGAUGCAAAUAUUCCCUCAGAGAUUACAGAAAAUGAAAAUGGAGUAUUUUAUUUACCGGCACUAUUAACCAGAUUCCAAAAUUCUUUGGUUGACAUAUUGCUCCAUUUAUUCAGUUCCGAAUUGUUAACCGAAGCAAGAAGUAAACGUAUGAGAACUAGUAUAGACAGUUUAUUAGAAUCGUCAGAUCUUACCAAAGCCGGGUUGACGUCAUACGAGAAGAUCUCAUUAUUAUACGAACAACUAAUGACAGUGAAUAGUAAUCCGUCUUUGUUAGUUGAUCACUUUAUUCCUAAGAAUCUUUUAUUACUGGAGAUAAAUGAAAGGCAGAUUAACUUAUCGGGUAAGUUGCAGCUAUUUAAUCGAAUUGUUGAUUGUCUUAUUGAAAACACGGAGUAUCCUAAGGUGACUAACAUGCUCGUUGUUGCGAGAGACAUGAAAGAAUUAGAAUUAAUCGAAGGGUUGAUUAUAGGUAAACGAUUGUAUUACCAAAACUAUAGCAGUGCAAAGUUGUAUGAUGAUAGAAGAGGAAUACCCAAUUUCCAUGAAGACACAAAACUCGAUUCUAGGGUUUGUUUAAAUUUAAUAACAUCACUGCAACUUUAUAACAAACAUUUAUCAACAAACUCAACUACCAAGAAGUAUGAUUUGAUAUUUUCAUUUGAUUUCAAACUUGACGUGAGUUCUCCCACCAUCGAAAUAUUACGAUCUAACCCAAUCAGUUGCCCAGUCUAUAUUCCAAUUCAAAUACUCUCAAUUGAACACAUAUCACAACAAUUCCCACAACCAAAGCCAUCAUUAAGUAUCGCGAAAGAUACUUCACAUCCGUUGUAUAAGUGGAAAAUUAAGAUCAUAAAUGCAAUCGUGGUCAAUAAGUUCAAUAUGAUGGAUAUAGAUCAUGCCAGUUUUUAUGUCGAUAAUUUUGGACCCAACAUGAAAGAGUUCACAAGGUGGUUACACCAUCCAAAAGAACACAAGGACUUGUUACGAAAAUAUACCGAGAAAUUGGCACUAAAUUUUACAGAUGAUAAAUUAAUUAAAAAAUUAAAUAUAUGUCUUACAGAUAGUGUCAAUAGAGAGUUUGAUCUGCUUGGAGAUUUUGAUUAUAAAUCCUAUAGAGCUGUAUUGGCAGAGUCUCUUCAUGCGAAACUAGAACAGUUGCAGGAUUCGGUAUCCAAAAUAUAUACCGAUGUGCUUCCGGCAAAGCGUCGAUUUGAGGCAUCACGACAGAUUCAUUAUGAUGAUGAUGAGGAUUUAAUUUCAAGUAGUUAUUUUAAGCUUAGAAGAUUGAGUGAGGAUGCAACCAUUGCUGAACGAAAAUUAUGUAGAAUUGAGAAUGAGUUGGUUACAGUUGAAGAGAAAGAAACUGAUUUAACUACAAAAUAUGAAAGUUUGGUUGAACACAUGAACCAUGAUCAUCUUGAUGUUGAUAUAGAGAAGCAAUCUAAGUCACUAGAACAACUUCGGGAAGAAUUGUCCACUUUGAAGGAAGAGUUAGAAAGGUUGGAUGUGGACAACGAAUCAACUAGACAAAAGUAUCAAAAUAGUUCGGCAACAGCAGUUCAAUUAUCAGCCAGAGUUCAAAAGGUAAAGAAUGCUGAGCAAAUAAUCAACAGUAAAUUGAAUGGUCCCGGAUUGACUUCUUUACCGGCAUUGCUUAGAAAAGAUGCGUUACUUAAUUAUGAAUCUCAAUUGAACCGUUUGCAACUGCAGAACUUGUUCAUGACUUCAUUCUUUAAUGAAAAGAUUGACAAAUUAUACAGCGAAAGACAGCAAUUAUUGGAAGGAUCUAACGUGGGGUCCAAUAGUCGUCCAACUAAUAGAGUUAGCAGAUCUUCAACGCCACUUUAG